AUGAGCUUCUUUGUUUUCCCCUCAGCAUUCAAAGCAAUUUUUACAAAUCUCCAUGCCACUGGAAGAUAUGGUCCAACAACACUGGGCAGUCACUACAUAGAUCAGGAUCACGAAGGACAAGUUACAUUGUCUGGCGGUACUCAACAAUGGACUGUGCCGUACGCCGGUGACUACAGAAUAGAAGCGGUAAGAGCAGCAGGAGGGUACGGUGGAGCUUCCAACAACCCUCAGUAUCGAGGAAGAGGAGCAAGAAUGAUUGGAACAUUCCGUUUAAAGGAGGAUGAAGUCAUCCAGAUCCUUGUAGGUCAAGAAGGAGGAAUAAACAAGAUGGAUCUAUCCUCUGGUGGUGGUGGAGGUACAUUUUUGGUGGAAGGAACCAACACGCCUUUGAUAAUAGCUGGAGGCGGAGGAGGGAUAGAUUCUGCGCAGUCAAGACAUGCAGGAUGUGACGCCAGCACAAGCAAAACAGGGAAUUCCGGAUACAAGUCAUGGUUAGGGGGGAGCAAUGGGCAUGGUGCGCAGAUUGCUGAUUAUGGCUACUCAGGUAAGAGUAUACUGUGGUGAUCCCUUGCCUAUUAGCUCCUUAUUAAUGAAUGUGUUAAUGUAUGCUUCAAAUUUAAAUCAUUGGCCCUAGUCCCUUAAAACAAAAUAAAAACACUAAGACUGCCUUGGAUGAGGACCAGUUUAUACAUCCAGGGAGAAUACAGGCACAUAUAAAAAUUACUCUGCCUGAGGGAUGGCGGCACAAUAUAAAUACAUGAUUUAAAGGUUUGACCACGCUGAUAUGAGUACAUUAAGGAUUAUCAAAACAGAAAAAAAGGUUUUGGAAUUAAAACCUUAAUCAUCGCGUUUGUUUUUGUUUUGUCUUCAGGUGGUGGUGGUGGCGGGUUUAACUCCAGUGGAAGAAGUGGAACUCAUUUCAAGGGGACCAAGGGAAGGGGCGGAGAAGGUGGUUAG